UUCUGUUUGUGUAUUUAGGCAUUUGUGUGAAAUGAAGUAACUGCUUUUGCUUCAAAUCUCCUCCACCCCAUUGUCCAGUGCUAACUGUGCAGGCCAUUUGUAAGUCUCUCUACAUAAUUUCUACAGGUCCUGGGUUUCUGUGUCUUUUUUUCAUACGAUACAACUCUGCCUACCAUCUUCCACAAAGUAUGUUCUGAAGCAGGCUGCCUUUUAAAGUAUCUCCAUCCUGUGAAGGGCCAAGCUGUAAAGAUGCUGCACAUGACAGAUUUUUUGGAUAUCUUGAAGAAUCCCCAGCUCUUCCGUCUACAUGAUCAAGAAGAGAAUCCAGAAACCAUCCGCAUAAGAAAUCCAGGGGCUCUGAAAGUUUCUCAUCAGAAGUUUAGGGAUUUUCAAUAUCUUUCAGUGACCGGGCCACACCAAGCUGUGAGCCAAAUCCAGGAGCUCUGCUGGCAAUGGCUGCAGCCGGAGACCCACACCAAGGAGCAGAUGAUGGAGCAACUGGUGCUGGAACAGUUUCUGAACACCCUACCAGAGGAGGUUCGGACCUGGGUGAGGUCAAAAAAGCCUAAGAACAGCAAGGAGGCAGGAACCCUGGUGGCCAGUUUGAUCCAAGCAUGUGAGGAGAAAGGUUUCCCUCCUCAGGACUUUGUCAUUGCAGAAGAGAGGAACACCGACGAACUCCAAAAGGACACAGAGAUGUCUGACAAUCCCUCAUCUGCUGGAUCCCAGGAGUUGGUGACUUUCAAGGAUGUGGUUGUGGACUUCACUCCGGAGGAAUUAACCUACCUUAGUGCUGCUCAGAGGAACCUCUACCGGGAGGUGAUGCUGGAGAAUUACAGGAACCUGGUCUCCUUAGGGUACCAGUUCCCUAAACCUGACAUUAUCUCACAGCUGGAAGAGGAAGAGUCACGUGUGAGGGAGGAAGACAGCAAUACAGAGAUAUGUCAAGAUGGGGAGAAAAGACCUAAAACCAAAGAUCUAACUCCAGAGCAAAGCCUGCCUGUGGAAGAGUCAUCCUUGGGGGCAGGAAUGGAGGAUCUGAUGGUAGGUAACUUCUGCAGUGUCUAUGUAGGAGAAUCUUCUCCUGAUGAUCCAUCAGAUUUGUACCAGGUCAACCAAGAGAAACCUUUGAGUCCUGUAACAAUGACUGAGCCCAAGACCCCCACUCAAGAAAGAAGCCAUGACCGUGAUGAUUUUGAGAGGAGCUCAUAUCUUACUAAGCAAUCAGAAGGGCUUCCAGGAAAGGAUCCCCAGGAAUGUGCUACUCCUGGAAUUUGCACCAGUCCCCAGCCGGUGGAUGACAAGCCUUUCCUCCAAGAGAACAGAUGUGGAUUUUGUGAAAGAACUUUUAUUACCCAGACAGCUCGUGAGAGACAUGAGCAGAUCCAUACUGGGAAGAAACCCUUUGAAUGUAAACGAUGUGGAGAAGCCUUCUACCUCAUGCCACACCUCACCAGACAUCAGAGGACUCACCGGAAUGGUGAGACGUCCUUUGGAUGCAACGAAGGUGGAAAGUCUUUCAUCCAGCAUGCAAAUAUCGGUGGCCGUGUAAGAAUUCAUAGGCAGGAAGACUACUAUGAAUGUUCCCAGUGUGGCAGAGCCUUUAUCCAGGAUGUGCAUCUUUUCCAACAUCUCAAAGCCCACGAGGCAGCAAAAGCCCUUCCCCCUAGGUUGCCCCGUGUUAAGACGUAUUUAAUUCGGUAUCAGCGGAAACAUGACUAUGUGGGAGAGAGAGCCUGUCAGUGUUGUGACUGUGGCAGAGCCUUCAGUCGGACUUCACAUCUCAUUCAGCACUACCGAAUUCAUGCUCAAGAGAGACCUUACCAGUGUCAGCUGUGUGGGAAGUGUUUCAGCCGACCCUCCCACCUCACCCGCCAUUAUCAGCUCCAUUCUCAAGAGAAACCUGAUGAGUGCAAUCAUUACUAAAAACCUCCAGUCAGAGAACAUUCUCAACAUCUUUGGCUUCAUCCUGGGGAGAGACCCUCUGAGUGCUCUGAAUGCGAGAAUACCUUCCUCCAGCUCUCACAACUUAAUGACUUGAAAACUCAUCAUGAUGUGAUAAAAAACAUGGCGAAUGGUUGCAAGGGUACAGACCAGCCUUUUGCAAAAGAAGAUCCAGCACACGUAUCAGUAGUCACACAGCUGAAAAUCCUUACAAAGAAUAUUUUUGUUGCAUAGGAAAGAAGUUAAUAGAUUUUGCCUUUCUUUUGGUGGUAUUCGUGGAAUGGAAAACUUUCAUUUUGACACCCUGACAAAAAUUUUGUGACUGGCCGUUGGACUUCAGACAGGCAGUCUGUUCCCAAGUUUUUCUAGGAGUGUUUACGUACAGUAUCUUCAUGUGGGAUGUGUCAACACAGAGCGUGGUAGAAAGAUUUUCAAGGUGUGCUUAUAUUGAUUCGUCCACAAGGCUGAUGUAACUGGCAAUGUGUUUACAUCACACCUCAUAAUUCACAAAACAUUGUCAUGUAUAUUAUUUUAUUUGAUCUUUUAAGGAAUGCUGCAGUGUACCUAGUGGGCAUAUUUAUUCUAUUUUUACAGGCAAGGCGAACUUGAAGCUCCCAAGUGGUUGGUUGAUCUGACCCAGGUUGUAAGUGAUGAAGUAGGAAAUGAACCCCGGCUUUGUUUUAUUUUGAGAUUUCAUGAGGUAUUUAUUUCAUAUCUUGAUGUUUGACCCUGGUUUUCUUUACUCCUGCCACUUCCUCUCUGAAGAAAAGGCAGUGCUCUACUGCCUUCAGCCAUCUUCCUCUGUAGUAGUCCCAGCACUGUUUCAUGUGAAAUCAGACAAGGACACCUACAGUAUUAGAGGUUCAGAAAGUUUUCUUAGGGUGAAGUAUGAUAGCCACUUCCCUUGAGAUUUAGGAUUAGAGGAUGACUUUCUGAGACUAAUUCAGGGAGGUGUAUUUUUGCUAAACACUUUCUUGUAAGUGUUCUUGUAGGUCAUAAAACGGUUACUAAUCAAGGAGAAUCUUUUUUGUAGUUUCCUGUGGUUGUCUGAGGGAUUAGGGUUUCUUGUUUCCCUUUUCCUUCCUUUAAAAAAAAUCCUGUUUGAGAACUUUCUUGGGCUGUGGCAUCAUUAGCACAGCGAACUUCACCUAAAAUCCUAAUUCUACACAGAACACACUUUGCUCUUUAAAGGUAUGAGCCCAGAGUUGCACAAAAAUCUCUUGAAUGCCAUAUUGCUAUAAUGUUAAAAGCUUUCCAUCACUGCCUUGAUUGGUGGUCAGAUACAGAGACACAUGGUAACCAGUUGGACCUGGAAUCCCAGAACCUGAUCCCUUGCCUGGUAGGGUGACUUGUUGCUGUUGUUAUUCACUGCCCUGCUUUUUCUCAUCAGCCCUUUUUAAGGUUGAUCUAUGAUGCGUGGCCCAGAGUCAUGAAAUUAAAAGCAAACAUUACUCGUCAGAACCUGAUGAGCCAAACGAAUGUUAGCCGCACAACCUCUCUUCAUUUCCAAAGUUCUUGAUGAAAUAGCCCUCACUGGCAGGCCCUAUUUUCUCAUGACAGUCUACUCUUCAACCUACUGUAAACUGGUUUCUGAUCCUGCCACCACUCCCACAAAGGAACAGGAUGUCAGUGCAUCUUAAUUGAUAGUGAUACUGAUUAGUCUUGAUGCCUUGAUUUAAAGUGCUGUCCACUGGGUUGUUCUUUAAAGUUACUAUUUAUUUCUCUUUGUAAUUAAUAAGUAUCCUACUGGAGAAAUUAUGAGACUGCAAGUACAGAUCUUCCUUGAUUUACGAUGAGGUUUUGUCCUGAUAAACCUAUCGUAAAUUGAAAAUAUUGUAAGCUGAAAGUGCAUUUAAUAUGCCUCACCUACUGAACAUCAUAGCUUGGCAUAUUCUACCUUAAAAGUGCUCAGAAUACUUACACUUGCCUAUAGUUGGGCAAAAUUAUCUAAUACAAAGCCUGUUUUAUCAUUGUGUUGAAUAUCUCAUGUAAUUUUUUGUUUGUUUGUUUAAGAUUUUUUUUUUUGAGACAGAAUGAGAGAGAGAGAGAGCACAUGAGAGGGGGGAGGGUCAGAGGGAGAAGCAGGCUCCCUGCCGAGCAGGGAGCCCGAUGCAGGACUCGAUCCCGGGACUCCAGGAUCAUGACCUAGCCGAAGGCAGUCGCUUAACCAACUGAGCCACCCAGGCGCCCUAUCUCAUGUAAUUUAUUGAAUACUAUACUGAAAGUGAAAAACAGAAUGACUGUAUGGGUACAUAAGGGUUCUAAGUGUAUUGGUUGUUUAUCUUGUGAUUACAAGGCUGACAGGGAGCUGGGGCUCGCUACCACUCGCUGCCACUGCCCAGUAUCAUGAGAGAGUCUUGUACCAUAUAUCAUUAGGUGCGGAAAAGAUAAAAAUUCAAAAUUUGAAGUACAGUUUCUACUGAAUGCAUUUGCUUUUGUAAAGUCAUUGUAAAGUCAAAAUAUCAUAUGUUGAACCAUCAUAAGUCAGGAACUGCCUGUAUCCAGUUUCUCCUCAAACUUUUACCCACUAAAUUUUAGCAUCUUGCAAAUAGAUCUCGCCUACAGCCAUUGUGGCUCUGUGGUAUUAUAAGGUGAAUUUCUAUUUCCCUCAUUCUUUCUACAUUUAGUAAUUAGAUUUCUCAUGUGAGGAAGUUACCCACCCUAUUUAUUUAUUCAGUAAUUUAUUUAUAUCAGUAUGAAUUCAUGGAUAUUUAUUUUAUUCUAUGGGCUGUAAUUAAAUACUAUUUAUUUUGUUCACAUUCUUCCAGUGUUGGCUGUUGGGAACCCUUUCAGGUUGGCUCCUGGGCCUUCUUAACAAGCUGCCAACCUUUUCUGAACACUUUUAACUUGCUACACCCUCCUUAAUUUCUCUCCCUUCCCCUCCAGGAAUUCCCUGUAUGACUUUUUGAUGGAUUCUACCUCCCAUCUUGUGAAAUCAGCUUCUUUCCCCAGGGCCAUCAGUUUACUCAGGCUCCUGUCAAUCUCAGUCAUUUCAUUUCUCCCCUCGCCAUUUUUGCUAAAUCUACAUUGUGAUUCACUUAAUACAUUUUUUCAAUUGUCUUCUCUCUGUUUUUUAAAUUUUAAUACAUCUACUUUAUUUUUUAAAAGAUUUUAUUUAUUUUUUUAUUUGAGAGAGAGCACGUGCCAGGGGAGAGGCAAAGGGAAAGGAAGAAGCAGGCUCUCUGCCAAGCAAGAAGCCUGACGUGGGGCUCGAUCCCAGGACUCUGGGAUCAUGACCUGAGCCGAAGGCAGACGCUUAACUGACUGAGCCACCCAGGCACCCCUUAAUACAUCUACUUUAGGAGGAAAAUUUUAAAUCACCUCAAACAAAGGGUUUUACCCGGGCCAUAAUCAGAUUUCCCUGAUAGCUGCUAAGAUGUCUUUUUACAAUUAGCUCAUUUGAAUCCAGAUUCAAACAUGGUCUACAAAUUGUAUUUGGUUGUCUGAUCUCUUGAGUCUUAAUCUAAAGCAGUCUCCUCUUACUUUUUUUAAUGCCUUGUGUGACCCCAAGGAUGAUGUAGAGAUACACCUCCUUCCUCUUCCCACCAAUUCCUAAUAUAUCUAACAGUUUUAGUACUCUUAUAUUCUGGUUUAAUUUUUAAUUUGAAGGCACUUAUUUUUAAAACUGUUUAUAUUGUGGUAAAAAGCACCACAUAACAUAAUAUUUGCCAUCUCAAACAUUUUUAAGUGUGCAGUUCAGUAGUGUUAAUUAUAGUCACAUUAUUGUUCAACAGAUCCCCAGGACUUUAUCAUCCUGCAAAACCAAAACUCUAUACCCAUUAAGUAGUAACUCCAUAUUUCUCCCUUUUCCCAGCCCUGGUGACCAUCAUUCUAGCACCUUUUUUCUGUAAAAGUUUUGUGUGAUUAUGCAAAUAAUACUGGAAGAAACUGUGCCAUUGUCCUGUGUGAUAUUCCCCAUUCUAAAUCUGUCUGCUUCCUGUAGUGUCUUAAGCUUGUUCCUCUCUCUCUGUUUUCUGUAAAUAGAAGUUAGUAUAUCAGAGACUUAGAUUCAUCUUCAGCUUCUUUGGCAAGAAUACCUUUUAGGUAGUUUUGUGUGCUUUACCAGCAUGAUAUGGUGUUGGCUUUUCCCAGGAGUCCAGCCUUUUAAAAUCACUCUCCAAGCCACUGCCCCAGUCACAGAUGAUGAGGUUUCCAAGCGUUCACCAUCUUUGGAUUAUACAUAGGCCAGCUGCUUUAGUUCCUUCUUCAUUACCUCUUCUAGAUUUCUCUACAUUCCUCCAUCACUCCAGUUUGGUCUUCAGACACUUGAAUUAAGAGAUGGUGGAGACUUCUUUUUUUUUUUUUUUAUUUUAAAGAUUUUAUUUAUUUAUUUGACAGAGAG